AUGAAAAUCGGCAAGAUUGUGUCAAACAUUAAGUUAAUAGAAAUUACAUGUCAGGAAGUCAUAAAUAGUAUUCGAGACGACGUGCAUAAACACAAAUUACUCAUUUUUAAAAACCAGGGCAUUGUCAGUGGUGACAAGCACGUUGAAAUCAGUAAAUGGUUUGGAGAGUUGGAGUCGACGUUUUACAAACAUCCAAAAUCUCCUCAUCCCGACGUUUUCCGAGUAUCGAACGAUGAAUCGGAAGGCUGUACACGAGUGGGACGCACUGGUUGGCACAUCGAUGGCAGCUUCAUGAAUAAGCCAUUCUCAUAUUCCAUCUAUCAUAUGGUAUCCAUACCUAAACGCGGAGAUACGGCUUUUGUUUCGCUGUCUGACUUGAUUGAGAGUUUAUCACCAGAGAAACGUGCUCUUUGGGAGAGAUUGUGGAUGAUUAGUGACCUCAGAGAAAAGGCUUCCAAACCUCUCAUUUACUCCCACCCUGUUACCAGAGCUCCAACAUUAUGUUUCCAUCUUGGUAUGACUGAGGGGUUUGUUAUGGACAAAGGUACAAAAGAAGAACGACUCACCACUGACAUGGAGACAAUAAGGAUUCUUAAGGACAUACAUCAGGAAAUUGUCAAAGAUGAUCGACGUCUCAUUUAUUCCCACAAGUGGGAGGAGGGAGAUUUCAUCAUCUCUGACAACUUGGCUGUAGGACAUGAGGCAACACCAGAGACACAGUACCCCGUGUCUCAGGUGGGACUUCGAAUACUUCAUCGGACCACAGUUAAAGGCACCACAUUUCCCUCUAAAUCCUGACAGGAACCAGUGUGAUCAAUGACUGGAACUUUAUUUGUGUUGGCAAUCACUUGAAUUGAGCCUUUUCUUCUAGUUCUCUAAAAGACCAAGAUGAGAGGGAAUGUUCUGUGUUAUGGUACUGCAUGUAGCAUUGAUGGAAUCCAUCACAUAUUUAUUUUAAUUCUAUAAAAAAAUUUUUUAUCAGAAAUGGAAAUGCAGAUUAGCUUUUGUAAAAUCUUAGUAAAAAUGGUAAAUUUUUCAUUUUCAAUGUUUAGCCCACCAUCAUCAGUAGAUGGUAGCUUGUACCAUUUAGACAAAUUGCCAUGGUCUGUCAUCCAUUCUUACACAAUAUUUCUCAUUGCUAUUCCUUGAGAAGCACAGGACAGAUCUUUUUCAAAUUCCACUUGGGUGUUCACCAUGGUCAGAAGUGGUUUCAGCUUAAUCUGAUCAUGACUCUAUAGAUGCUUAGUGCUUUUCCUUGAAAAGGACAGAAUUAAUCUGUUUACAAAUUUUGUGUACGUCCCUUGUUGUGUCACAUGCUUGACAUAUCUAUAACAUUCAUUCAUGCUUUUAAACUAUACAUUAUUUUAUUUACCGUUGUAAUUAAGAGAUGUAAAGAGACAAUGUCAAUCAAAAUACAUGACCAUAGAUCAAGGUCAUGGACACAUGUCAGAAAAUAUUUCCCAAAAAGACGACAGAUUUGGAGAUUAAUUCCUGCAUGGUUCUCAGAGCCAUGUGUUUGAUUUUGAAUAUUUAGCAAAUUCAUAAUUGAAUUAAUUUAUAUUGUUGGAAAGAUCCAGUGAUAUUGUUGUAAUUGAAAAUAUAUACCAUAGGUGUCAUGGUAUUUGUGAUUUUCUUCUAUGUAAAAAUAUGUAUCAGUGUGUUACUAAUGUGAUCAGUGCUGUUUAUAGUGUAUACAUGCUGUUGAUAAAAUGUUUUUUUCUA